UUUCCUGCGAAAGGUAAAAGGGUGAUUUAGUCAAUUUAGUUCCAUCUUCAUCCGGAGCAAAUCAAAAAGCGAGAACUUUUCGGGUAUGCUUAGAAAAUUUUGAUCUUUUUGAAAAAGAAGAAGAGAUGGGAUAAUUAGAACAUUUACUUUCCUCAAAAGACACACAAAAUCAUCCAGAGGUUGCUUUUGGGGGGAAAAUGCUAGUUGGGGUUGUUAAGAUCAAACCAAGAUCUUCAUCUUUUGAUGAUCUAGCUUAAUGUUUUUCUUUUCUUCUUUUAUCUUUGAAAAGCUGGGGAAAAUUAGUUUCAAGGAGACAACAGAUAUGUUGAUGUUCAAAGAAACAAGGAAUUUCUCUGUUGGCAUUGAGUAAAAUGAUUCAUCUUAGUGAGGAUGGAGUUGCACAUUUAUUGGCGGAUUGAUUCAUCAAUGGCGUUCGGAUUAUGAGUGUACUUGUUUUUAGGUAUUUGAUGGUGCAUUUGCUUUGAAGGGUUUCGUUUUUCGCUUCGAGUUGUUAAGUUUGUGAGAAGAAAUUCUUGUUCAAGUUAGGAUGAUCAAACAAAUACUUAAUAGGCUCCCUCGGAAACCAUCUAAGUCGAGCGACAAUCAUGAUGUGGGAACCUUUACCUCCUCAUCGAAUGCUUCUACCAGUUCGAGUAAUAGGUUUGCAAACCCAAGUUCAGGGCUGAAUCAAGGGAAUAAGAUUUCUCAAGUGGUGAAUGCAAAGUUGAAUGGGAAUACUUUCGCUGCUUCCUUCGAGGCAUUGCCUGGCUUUAGAGAUGUUCCGAAUUCCGAGAAGCAGAACUUGUUUAUCAAGAAAAUGAACAUGUGUUGCAUUGUGUUUGACUUCACUGACCUGACGAAAAACGUCAAAGAGAAGGAUAUCAAGCGGCAAACCUUGCUGGAGCUUGUGGAUUACGUUUCAUCCGCUAAUGGAAAGUUUUCAGAGAUUGUUAUGCUAGAAAUUGUAAAGAUGGUGUCUACAAAUUUGUUUAGAACACUUACUUCUCCACCGCGUGAGAACAAGGUUUUAGAAGCAUUUGAUUUGGAAGAGGAGCCCUCAAUGGAUUCCGCAUGGCCUCAUUUGCAAGUUGUUUAUGAAUUUCUCUUGAGGUUUGUGGCAUCACCUGAAACGGAUGCAAAACUUGCCAAGCGAUAUAUCAAUCACUCUUUUGUUCUUAGGUUGUUAGACCUUUUUGAUUCAGAGGACCCAAGAGAAAGGGAGUACCUGAAAACAGUGUUGCAUCGCAUCUAUGGGAAAUUUAUGGUCCAUCGUCCAUUCAUCAGGAAAGCAAUCAACAAUGUGUUCUUCCGGUUUAUAUUUGAAACCGAAAAACACAAUGGAAUCGCAGAGCUAUUAGAAAUACUUGGUAGUAUAAUUAACGGGUUUGCUUUGCCACUGAAAGAAGAACAUAAGCUCUUUCUUGUCCGUGCGUUGAUACCACUUCACAGACCAAAGUGCAUACCCAUGUAUCAUCAGCAGUUGUCAUAUUGCAUUACUCAAUUCGUGGAGAAAGACUGCAAGCUUGCUGAUACCGUUAUUCGGGGAUUGCUAAAGUAUUGGCCGAUUAUAAAUAGCUCAAAAGAAGUCAUGUUCUUGGGUGAACUGGAGGAAGUUUUAGAAGCCACACAACUUGCUGAGUUCCAACGCUGCAUGGUUCGCUUAUUCCGCCAGAUAGGCCGUUGCUUGAGUAGCCCGCAUUUUCAGGUGGCAGAGAGGGCUCUGUUCUUGUGGAACAAUGAUCAUAUUGUGAACCUAAUAAAACAGAACCGGAACAUUAUACUUCCCAUUAUCUUCCCUUCCUUGGAAAAGAAUGCUAGAAACCACUGGAAUCAGGCAGUGCUGAGCUUGACGCUAAACGUCCGCAAGAUUUUCUCCGACACCGACACUGAGCUCUUUGAGGAGUGCUUGCGUAAGUUUGAAGAAGACAGAGCACGAGAAAACGAGGUUAAAUGGAGACGCGAAGCCACAUGGAAACGAUUAGAAGAGAUUGCUGCAAUGAAAGCUGCAAGUAAUGAACCCGUGCUUGUCUCGCCGGACGCGAUUGCUCGCAAGCCAUCUUGCUAGGACAGAAAAAGAUCGCCAUUUCAGCGGCCUAGAUCGGUAUGCAAACCGUGGGUCGGUGACUGGGGACGAUGAAGCUGAGUUAUCCAUCAUACCAAGUGUUCCACCACCUGAAAAAAUAGGGUUGCUUGGAUUUCGACGGAUUCAUCAAGAUUGACGCUUUUUAUGUUGGGAGUAAAUCUAAAGCACCACUUUCUCAUAUAUGCAUAAAAUUUGUAGACAAUGAAAACAAAUGAGCUUGGUUUGUAAAGUAGAUAUCUUUCCCUUUCAAAAUGGAAUGUAAGAUUAUCAGUGGGAAUAAAAUAUUACAGAGAAUA